UCCUUCACUCGCAUUACAGUGUUUCUGUGUAAGAAGAAAAAAAAGUGUUUCUUGAAAGAGCAGAGCAGAGCAGAGAAAGAGAGAGAAAUGGAGAGUGCGAUACGCGGGAGAUUCGCUCUUUCUCCCAGCGGUAUCUCCAACCCUAAACCAGGAGAUAGAUAUUCACUUUGUAGAGGACCAUGCUCCAAUCUUUGCAUCCCCACAGCUGCAAUAACUACAAGACCGGGCAAAGGUGCAGGGCUGCUGGAAAAGCCAGUAAUUGAAAAAGUUACCCCUGGCCGUGAAUCUGAAUUUGAUUUGAGGAAAUCGCGAAAAUCAGUGCCACCAUAUCGCGUAAUAUUGCACAAUGACAACUUCAAUAAACGGGAAUAUGUGGUCCAAGUACUGAUGAAGGUUAUUCCUGGGAUGACCAUUGACAAUGCUGUUAAUAUCAUGCAAGAAGCGCACUACAACGGGUUGUCAGUGGUUAUCAUCUGUUCCCAAGCUGAUGCUGAAGUAUACUGCAUGCAACUGAGAGGAAAUGGGCUACUAAGUUCAAUUGAGCCUGCAGGCGGAGGGUGCUGAACUGCUGAUGCAGCAUUCAAUACGAAGCAAUAUUGGAGUUGAUGCUAUUGAAAGGCGAAAUUGGAAACGUUUGUUUGUGUACAUAGGAUAACGUCAUGAAGCUUUUGAGUAACGCAAGAAAAAGGCAAAUGUAUAAUAGUUGUUGGUCUUACGAUUUUGACGAGAUAGUUGUGAUUUUGAAUAAAUAAAUAAUAGCACUACUUUUGUAUCAA